AUGAGUGUACUUCAAAUUCCAUUAGAUCAAAGAGUUGGUUUAAAAGUGAGAAACUUAACAGUGGCUGUUGAACCUCAAACUUCAAAUUACAAAUUGUUGAAGCAAAAGGUGUUCAAUCACAAACAAAAAGAUCAUGAAACUAAAGAAUUCAAUCAUAAAUCUUCAAAAAUACUAAAUGAUAUUUCAUUUGAUGUUAAUAGUGGUGAAUUAAUUGCAUUAAUGGGUGGUUCAGGAGCUGGUAAAACUACUUUAUUAAAUACUUUGGCUCAAAGAACAAAUGUUAAGAAUAAAAAAUUAGAUUUUUCAGGAAGUAUUGAAUAUACCACAACUAACAAUGACUCAGCAAAUCAUAUAAAACAUGCAUAUUUAUUACAAACAGAUUUCUUUCUACCAGGUUUAUCAUUAUGGGAAACAUUAAAAACUCAAGCUGAUUUAAGAUUACCACCAUAUGUUGCAGAAGAUGAAAAAAUCAAUUUAAUAAAAUAUAUUAUGGAUGUUUUGGAAUUAAAUCAUUUAACAAAUACUAUGGUUUGUAAAUUUUCAUCACAUGUUUCUACUUUAAGUGGUGGUGAACAAAGAAGAUUAAGUUUAGCUAUACAAUUAUUAUCAAGACCAUCUAUAUUAUUUUGUGAUGAAGCCACAACUGGUCUUGAUACUUCAAGUUCUUUAAAAUUAGUUCAGUUAUUGAAAAAAUUAGCAUCAUCUGAAUUAGGUAUAACGGUAGUAUUAUCUAUUCAUCAACCAAGACCUGAAAUUUGUGAUUUAUUUGAUAAAGUAUGUCUUUUGACCAAAGGUGGUAAAUUAGUUUAUUACGGAAAUUUAAAAAAUGAAGCAUAUGAGUAUUUUAAUAAAUUAGAUUAUGCUCCUUCUGAUACUGAUAAACAUAUAAGUACUUAUGUUAUGGAUAUUUCGGUAAAAGAUGCAAGUACUUUGGAAAAUGAACUGAGAUCAGUAGCAAGGAUUAAUUAUUUAGUUGAAAAUUGGAAAGAUUUACAUAACUUUGAAUAUGAUAGUACACCAAAAAAGGAUCAAAAACAAUUUUACAAAAACUUGAAGUUGUUUGCUACUCCGAAGGAAGAUCAAAUAUCAUUUAUGCAAGAAUUAAAAGUAACAACUAAAAGAAGUUUUAUAUUUUCAUAUCGUGAUAAGGGAAGUUUACUUGUUUUAAAUCUUGGUGCUUUGGUCCUAGCUGUAACUUUAGGAUGGAUGUUCUAUCGUCCAAAAUAUGAUUUAGCAGGUAUUAGAUCAUUGGUAUCUGUACAAUAUGUAUUAUUGGAAGUCGUUGGUUUCUGUGCAAUGUUUAUUGAAGCUGAGAGAUUAUGGAUUACGGAUGGUACAUAUUUUUUUAGAGAGUAUCUCGAGCAUGUUUCCAGUAUACCAGGUUUUAUAAUAUCUAGAAGAUUAGCCAAAUUUGUACUUGAAGAUUUACCAAUGACUAUUAUUUUUUCAGUUAUUACGUUUUUCAUGUGGGGUUUGAGAGUUGGUGAUGGGUCACAUUUCGGUAUAUUUUUUGCAAUAACUUUAUUAAUUCAAUUAUGUUGUAUGACUGGUGCAAUGGUUUGUUUUGCAUUAGCUCCAAGUAUGCCAAUUACCACCUUAUAUAUUAAUUUAUUUUAUCAAUUACAAAACUCAGCUUGUGGUUAUUUUGUUAAUGCAAGAACAAUGCCAGUUUAUGUUAGAUGGGUGAAAUAUUUAGCUUAUUUUUGGUAUGGAUUUGGUGCAUUAUGCGCAAAUCAAUUUACAAAUUGGGUUGGUGAUUGUCCUUAUGAUGAUGAAACAAGAUGUGUUGAAUAUACUGGUAAUGCUCAAUUAGCGUUGUUGGGCUAUCCCCAAAAUUGGAUUGCUGAACCUAUUGGAAUUUUGAUCUGUUGGGUCGUUGGGUUUUUAUUAAUUUCUGGGUUCGGAUUAUAUUUUAGAAAUCAUGAUACGGGUAUGGCAAAAACUAAGAAAAAUACUAUUGGUGAUGAAGAAGAUCAUGAAGACGAAGAAGAUGAUGAUGAUGAGGAGGAAGAUGAAAAAACUGCACAAAACAUAAUUUCUUCAGGUAUUACAGAUGAAGCAAUUGUUAAUGAUACUUUCCCACUCGAAAUUGGAUUAUUUAAUGUUAACUUGGUGGUUAACAAAAAGACAUUUUAUGGUAAAACUACAAGUCAAAAAACAUUACUUAAUGACAUUAAUGCAACUUUUAAAGCUAACUCAGUAAAUUGUAUCAUGGGCCCAUCAGGUAGUGGUAAAAGUACUUGUUUAAAUUAUUUAUCAAAUAGAUUAGAUAGAUCAUCAUCAUUUAUAUCAUCUGGAGAAAUUAAGAUUAAUGGAGUACAAGAUAUUACAAGAGCACAACUUAGUAGAAUAUCAGCUUAUGUUACACAACAUGAUGAUUCAUUAAUUGCAGAUUUAACAGUUAGAGAGACUUUAUAUUAUCAAGCAAGGUUAAGAUUACCAAUAGAUCAACAUCCAUAUAUACCAAAGAUUAUAAAUAAAUUAAUAAGACAAACUGGAUUAAUUGAUUGUGCUGAUACAUUAGUUGGAAAUGAGUACAUCAAAGGUAUAUCUGGUGGUGAAAAAAGAAGAUUAAGUAUAUCAAUCCAAUUAUUAUCAAAACCUAAAAUUUUAUUCUUAGAUGAACCAACAUCAGGAUUAGAUUCUUCAACAGCAGAAUCUAUUUUCAAUUUAUUAACUGAGUUAGCUCUUGAAAAUGGUACUACAGUGAUAUUAACUAUUCACCAACCAAGUGAAGAAAUCUUUUUCAAUUUUGGUAGUUUAUUAUUUUUAGGUAAAGGUGGAAAUGUUAUAUAUAAUGGACCAUCAACUGAAAUCAUACCAUAUUUGGCAAAACUAGGAUUUACCAACAAAAAUGAUUUAAAUAUGGCUGAUUAUAUUUUAGAUUUAAUAAGUAAUGAAGAAGAAGAAACACCAGAAAAACCGGAAAAAGUUUUGGAAGAUAGAAUUAGUUUACUAAUAAAUAAUUGGAAAUAUAAAGAAGAAACAAAUGAAAAACAACCAAUCAAUGCACAAGUUGUUAAUUUAUCACAAUUUUAUUUCAAAAGAUUACCAUUUUAUUAUACUUUCCCAACUGUAACUCAAAGACAAUUUUUAACAUCAUAUAGAUCAAAAGAUAGUAUAAUAAGUAGAGUUGGACAAACUAUAUUUUUAACAAUUAUACAUACAUUAUUUUUUGCACCAUUGAAAAACACACAAGAUGGGAUUAGUAAUAGAUUAGGAUUAAUUCAAGAAGUUUUAAAUUUAUAUUUUGUUGGAUUAGUUAAUAAUGUUAGUUUAUACCCAUUUGAAAGAAAUUUAUUUUAUCAAGAAUAUAAAGAUGGAAUAUAUGGAGUUUCAGAAUUUGGAAUUUCAUAUUUUUUAAAUGAAUUACCAACUGAAAUUUUACCAUCAUUUUUUUUCAGUGCAUUAAUUGUUUUUGUUUGUGGAUUACCAAGAAAUGCUUCAAUGUAUUUUGCAAUGUUUUGUACUGGUUUCAUAUCUAUAAAUUGUGGUGAAUCAUUAGGAAUAUUUGUAAAUAGUAUUUUUAAUCAUAUGGAAGUUGCAACAAAUAUUUUAUCAAAUUUAAUUAUAGUUGCAAUUUUUAUGGGUGGUACAAUGUCAUUACAUAUGCCUCAUUUUUUCAAAGCUAUAAAUUAUAUAAGUCCAAUGAAAUAUGCAGUUGCAAUAUGUGCAAAUUUAGGAUUUAAAAAUCAAACUUUUACUUGUGGAGUUGAAGGAAUAGAAUGUACUUUUAGAACAGGUGAAGAUGUAUUAAAUUAUUAUAAUUUGAAACAAAAUGUUGGUGCUAUGUUUGGAGGAUUAUUUGCUGUAUUUAUUGUUUAUAGAUUAAUUGCUAUUAGCUCAAUUUAUAUUAGAGUUAAAUGGUUUUAA